AAUGGAUAUUGACAAAUAAUUAGAGAUAUUGAGAAAUGGGAGAUGUUUAAGUGAAAGAGACACUCAUUUGAUUUGUGAAAUUGCAAAAGAUAUUUUAAUAGAGGAACCAAAUGUAGUUAAUGUGAAAACUCCAGUUAUGGUAUGUGGAGAUAUACAUGGAUAAUAUUUUGAUUUAUUGGAACUUUUUAAAUGUGGAGGACAAUUACCAGAGAAGAAGUAUAUAUUUAAUGGGGAUUAUGUUAAUCGAGGGUAAUUUAAUAGAUUAUUUAAGGUAUCAUUCAGUUGAGACCUUCUAAUAUUUAUUAUGUUUAAAGAUUAAGUAUCCAAAAGAUAUUAUAUUGCUAAGAGGAAAUCAUGAAUCAAGACCUAUAACUUAAGUUUAUGGAUUAUAUGAUGAAGUGAAAAAGAAAUUUGGUAAUAUUUAUCCUUGGUAAUACUUUUGUGAUGUAUUUGAAUAUUUGCCAUUAUGUGCAUUGGUAGAUUAAAAGGUAUUUUGUGUACAUGGAGGACUGUCUCCAUUAAUAAAUACUAUUGAUUAGAUACGAGUAAUAGGUUUCAUAUAAAUGUUAUAUUUAAAUAAGAUCGAAGAACUGCAAAAGAUAAUGAAGGUCCAAUGUGUGAUAUGUUAUGGUCAGAUCCUGAGUAAGAUUUAGAGGGAUGGGCAAAAAAUAAUCGUGGGGCAGGUGUUUAAUUUGGAAAGAAAGUAGUUGAUUAAUUUAAUCAUAUUAAUGAAUUAAUUUUGAUUGGAAGAUCACAUCAAUUGAUAAUGGAAGGAUAUAGAUAUGAAUUUAAAGUAAAUAUAGAUUUAAAAAUAGAAAUAAUUAGUUACAGUAUGGUCAGCACCUAAUUAUUGUUAUAGAUGUGGAAAUAAAGGAUGUAUUAUGAUUUUGGAUGAGAAUUUAGAGUAGAGUUUCUUAUUAUUUGAAGAAUCAAUAGAUUCUAAUUAAGUUAUCUCUAAUUAAGGUUUGUUACCUUAUUUUUUAUGA